CACACGUGUUAAAGACUUUCAUUUUUUUGUUUUUUUUUCCAUCAUACCCAUUGUUUUUUUUUCCUUUUUUAAAUCAUUAAACCAAAAGCUUUUUAAUUAAGUAGAGCAAAAGUUGAGUACCCUCUACCCAUGCCCAAAAACACACAUCAAUUCUUUUUUUUUUUCCUUUUUUUUCCCAUUAUUAUACUAAAACCAUACUUAAAUAAAUGUCCUUAGCAUUCACAUAACAUCUAAUCAUUUUAAAAAGAACCACCCUCAAAAACCUUGCUUUAAGAUUAUUCUCUUGUUCUAUCCUUAAACCCCACACCAUCAGACAAACAUAACUAUACAAAAAUAAUAAAACCCAUUUUCAGAAUUGAACAAUAUAUUUUAACUAACCCCAACAUUCAUUAAAGCUCUAAACUCAUAAUUAACAAAACAAUCCCUUUGUUAGGUGGGAAAAAAAAAACAGUAAAAAAAAAAAACAGAAAAAAGAAAAAGUAGUAGGAGAGCAUGCAAUCCCACAAGAGAUCGUGAUGGUCAUUGUUUUUUUUUCUCUCAGUCUAAAAAAUAAAUAAAUAGUCAAUGACUAUGUCAUCUAUAAUUUGGUUUAUUUGAUUCAUAGUGAUUUCAUUUUAUGUUUUUCUAAAAUAUAAUAUAGCAAAAUGGUUAGAGAAGUAAAGCUAAUCAAGGAUAUUCAAGCUCAACAAAGAGGUUGGACAGUAAAAGUGGUGGUUAUUGAGAAAGCAAUGCCACAAGUUUCUAAAUCAAGUCCAAACAAAUAUCAAAGGUUAAUCUUAGCUGAUGAAGAAGGUAAUAAGAUCCAGGCCACAAUAUAUGGUGGAGACAUCCACAUCUUCCGAGACACACUCAUAAUUGGGAAAAAUUAUUAUAUUUCUAAUGCUUGGGUUAAAGAAAUUGGUGCACAAUAUCAGAUUGUUCAAAAUAAUUUGCAAUGGACCAUAAAUGGUCGAACCAUUGUGGAAGAAGUGACUGGAGAUUCAGAGAUAAUUGUGCCUGCUGUUUACAGCUUUGUUCUGUUCUCACGACUACACACUUAUAUUGAUUCUCUAUCCCACGUCGGUAUGUUUGUCUAUAUAGUCAAUUUGUUCAGCUAUAUUUUUAUAACUUUUCAUUUAUAUUUAAUUCAUCAUGUGGACAAAUUUCUAAUGAUCUAUAACAUUUUAAUUAACUUUUGAAUUUGUUUAUCAUCAGAUGUGAUUGGAAUAGCGAUUGAAAUCAAGCCAAAAAAGGAGAUAAUCACGAAUGAUGGUUUAGAGAUUGUCCAAGAGAUGACUUUGAUGAAUGAUAAGUAAGUACUCCAAAAAAAUAAAAAUAAUUAUUAAUUAUUAAAUAAGUUAAUAAACAUUUUUCUGAAUUUUGAUUUUAAUUUUAUGGACAGUAUGGAUACUGUGAUGCUUACCAUGUGGAACCAAUUUGUGAACAAUGAAUGUACUCAAAUUUUGAAUAUUAUGAAUAGAAAACCAAUCAUAAUUGGAUGUCGACUUAAAGUUAGCUCAUAUAAUGGUAUGUUUCCUUAAUGACUACACUACAAUUGAUGUUAUUUUUGAACAAUUUUUAUGUAAUUAAAAUAGUCAGCAAUUUUCUAAAUUAGUUUUUAUUAAUUCAA